UUUUACAGCUCAACGAAUCUCUGGAGACUCUGUCCAUAUCCAAAUCAUGUAAUAGACAACAUCCUCGGCCUCUGCUCGGCUCCAAAGUACGGCAUUAGGCAAAUUGACAACAGCUUAAAACGAUUUGCAGCACCUUAAAGCCCAGCAAAUACUCUCCAACUCGAGGAUUCACAGCUGCCCCCGACCUCCGACAGACUGCCUGUUUGUGGCACAGCAAAAAAAGUACUGAAAAAAAACUCACACUUGACAAGCAACCCAAAAAAAAAACAAUAUAAAUAGAGUCAGAGGCAGAGCGACAAACAGGACAACACGAUGAAUUCAGAGCAGGAGGAGGAACGAAUCUGCCUCAGAACCGGCGAAGAGGAGGAGGAGGAGGAGCGCAAUAUGGAUGACGACGAUGACAAGUUGGUAUCGGAUGAGGUGCAUCUGCGGCAGCUCACCUCGACGCCAUCCACGGCAUUGCAGCAGCGGCGUCAGAAGAACAAUGUGACACAUUCCGCGCCUCCCGAGCUCACACAACGUGGCCGAAACGGAGGCCCAAAGCCGGAGGUAGAGGAGGAAGUGGAGCAGGGUGUGGUGCUGCGGCGUGCCGUCGACAAGGGUGCCAUUACCUUGGCACAAAUAGACGACCUAAGGCUGGAGAGCGACGACGACGACGACGACGACGUCGAUGUCGAUGACGAUGGCGACGAUGACGUGGACUAUGCGGACAUUGGCCCCGGGCUGAGCAAUCCCGCUGCGCAGACCACAAAUGAUGAGCAGAUUACAGCCCCAACAAAGCCAACAACAACAACUACUGCUGCAGUCGAGCAGGAAGCGACCACAACCGCAAGCACGUCGUGCACACCAACACUAGCUUUAAGCUCUCCGCCGGAUAUGUCGAAAAUACCACGACUGCCCGGCGAUGGCGCCCAGAUGACAGACGACAGCGGAGAUCUGCCCCAUUCGCUGCGUGCCUCCACAGCAUCAAUUUUGUCCAAUUUGCGCAAGAAACAGCAGGGUGGAACUGCAUCUGGCGGAGGCAGCAGCUUGGCCAAAAACACACCACGGCGUGUGCAAUCCGUACGCAUUGUGGAGGCCAAAUCCGGCUAUGGACCAAAGCGACGCACCGAAAGCUGCAGCAUAUUUGGCAAUAGCAAUUUUGAUCACGAACUGGAAUCGGGACAAUCCCUUUCAAGCAUUGCAGGACCACAAAGACCGUUGACAAAUGAAACCUAUUCGGCCUUUAAGAGUGGCAACGUGGUCAAGGGCAUACUCUGUCCGUCCUUGACCAACUCCUUCAAGCAGAGUUCCCUGGAGCGAAGCUAUCUCACCUACACACACAGACAACGCCAGAAAUCGCUUAUCAUCGUAAAUGUAGUAGAUUUUGUGCUGAAGAUUGUGAUGGCAUUGAUAUGGAUGUUGCAGCCAAAGAAGAAUCGUCAGGAUACGGAUGCUAAUAGCACUGCAGAUACGGUAAGCACAGCGACUGCAAUUACUUGGGCCGUUUGCUGUGGCAUGGCCAACUUGGCCAUUUGCUUUUUGGGCUAUUGGCGAUGCUUUGCCAACAAUUACUUGCACUGGGCAGCAGUCUGCACUUGGGUGCUCUUCAAUAUACAGGGAUUCGUCAGCGAAGGCGUCGGCUUCGAGAAUCGUGAGUACCUGGUCUGGUACAUUUUGUUUGUCAUAUUUGUGCCCUAUGCCAUGUUGCCACUGCCCCUCAAAUGGUGUGUUGUGGGUGGCACAAUCACCGCCAGCUGCCACCUGGCUGUGAUUACCAUCAACAAAUUGCAGGACAAGGACAAGUUUCCUCUAGACCCUAAUUGCAUUCUUUUCCAAAUCAUUGCCAAUUUCAUCCUGUACACGGCCAUAAAUGUCGCUGGCAUGUAUACCAAAUAUUUAACUGAUCGUGGACAGCGUUUGGCCUUUAUUGAAACCCACAAGGCUAUGGAGCACAAAAAGGAGUCCGAAAAGGAGUUGCAACGCACACAAAAGUUGCUCGAUUCAAUUUUGCCCAACAUUGUGAAUAAUCAAAUACGCAGCGAAAUGUACAAAGGUCCGGAUCUCACGGUGGAGACGCAGUUUAACAAAUUAUAUGUUUACCCCAUGGAUAAUGUGAGCAUACUGUUUGCAGACAUUAAGGGAUUUACGGAAUUGGCGAGCAAAACCUCAGCUCAACAAUUGGUGAAAAUUUUAAAUGACCUUUUUGCCCGUUUCGAUCGCAUUGCAGAGGACAAUCAUUGUCUGCGCGUUAAGCUGCUCGGUGAUUGCUAUUACUGUGUGUCGCAGUUCGAAAGUGACAACUGGAAGACACGACCGGAUCAUGCCGUGUGCAGCGUCGAAACUGGACUCCACAUGAUAAUGGCCAUCAAGGAUGUGCGCCUGCACACGCAAGUUGACCUCAACAUGCGCAUCGGCAUCCACAGUGGCUCAGUGAUGUGCGGUGUUCUUGGCAACAAGAAAUGGCAUUUUGACGUUUGGUCUAAUGAUGUUAUCAUUGCAAAUCACAUGGAAUCUGGUGGUAUACCCGGACGCGUUCACAUCUCGGAGGCGACACUCAAAUGCCUGAAUGAUGCCUACGAAGUGGAACCGGGCAACGGCGGCAGUCGGGAUGGUCAUCUCAACAAGUUGAACGUAACAACGUAUUUGAUCAAGCGGACGGAGCCGUUGCGACCCAAGCGACGCUUUGGCACCCGAAGUAGCGCCCAUCAAAGCUGCAGCAUUGCCACAUCUGCCACAGUUGGUGCCUCCAUUCCUCCAGUUUCGAGUGCGUUGCCCAAAUCCAUUUCGGCAAGUGGCAGCGGCAAUGAUUGCAGCAUGGGCAGCACCACAGCUGUGGGCGUGGCUGGCGUUUACGGUGGCGGAGGUGGUGGUGACGGUGGCAGCAUCGAUGGACGCAGUCUGGAAUAUGCCACCGCGGUGCAACCCUCACAGCUCUUGCAGCAGCAGCAGAAGAAGAACAUCUCACUGAACUCGCUGCCCAAUGUGGUCGAAGGCGUCGCCAUGAACAACCGCCGACUGCGCAACGGUGGUGCCGUUGGAGCCGGUGGCACAGCCAAUGCAGGUGGCACGGGAGCACCUGCUGCGGGUCUCUCCACGGUAUCAUCUCCGACUGCCAUGAUGUCCGCACCGUUGGAGCAACAGUUGAGGCCACGCAAUGGCGCCAGCAUUCAGAAUCUGACGGAGGCCAUCAGUGCCAAGGGUCUGAUUAUCGAAGAUGAGAGCACUACGGAUUGGAUACCCGAGAUACCAUUUAGGAAUCUCAACAGCCCCGAGGAGCUAUUAAAUCGCGCCGAUUCCAUACUAGUUGAUCCCAAGCUAGAUCAUCGCGUUUCCGUGACUGUCUUAGAUGAAGAGAUUGACGAAUUCAUUGAACAGAAUAUUCAGAUUAAUUCGAAUAAGGAAAUCCGUCGCGAAUAUUUGAAUGCAUGGACAUUGAAAUUUAUUGAUAAGAGCCAGGAGCAGAAAUUCUGUCAGCUGCGUGAGGAUAUGUUCCGCUCCAACAUGCUGUGUGUAUUUGUCAUUUGGAUAUUUAUGGUACUUUGCCAAGUCAUCAUUAUACCACGUUGCACCACAGUCAUAAUUUGGCUGGCUGUGGGCACUGUGGUGCUCACCUUUUGCUGUGUCCUGGUCAUGGCCGAGGAGUUUCCAGGCCUGCCCAGCUGCUUGAAGACUAACUCCGCCAAACUUGUCCAUCAACGACGUCGUCGUACGCUCUUCAUCUGUGGCGUCAUCGUCUCCAUGUGUAUGCUAAGUGCAAUUGGUCUGAUCCUCUGUCCUACCGACAGCUACAAUGGCAACAUCGAUAUAGGCAAAUAUGCUAAUUUCUCCGCGAAAUUCUCUGAGAGGGAUUCAACGUUGGUCGUUUCGCAAACGAUCCAAAGAAACAUUACGAUCAGAGCUCCAAUAAGUGGAGUUGCUUCCUCCAUUUCCCUGGUGUCUCUGGUUAAUGAGAGUAUUACCAAUGCCUCGGAUGAGAUUGUGCGUCACACUCUGGCCAAUGCCCUGACACCGUUGGAGUCCUUUGAGCACUCCCAUCGUCCCCAUGCCCUUACCCGAUACAGCCGGAGUCCUGCGGAUACCUCGAUUGAAAAUGAACAGGGUUGCGUGCAUCAGGAAUAUAUUGUCUUUACCUGGGUACUUUGUCUUGUCUCCCUGGCGACAGCUCUAAAGCUCUAUUAUUUGGUCAAGGCAAUUAUGGCUCUGGGAAUGGUUGCUUUCUAUAGCACUUUUAUCUUUAUCAGAUUUCCCAUUGAGGAAAGUUUCAGUUUGAUGAAUUUAAAGGAGCGGGGUAUGCCUUUGGGUGUACAGAUGAUCAUACUGUUGAUUACCUUUCUUAUCAUGGUCUGCUAUCAUGCCAGGCUCGUGGAGGUUACCUCACGUCUGGACUUUAUUUGGAAGGAGCAAGCGGAGCGUGAAUUGACCAACAUGAAAUCGAAUCGUGCUCUUAAUGACACAUUAAUUAAGAAUAUUUUGCCGGACCAUGUGGCCGCCUAUUACCUGUCCGACGAGCAUACGGAUGAGCUGUACUCCAAGAUGCAUAAUCUGUGCGGCGUUAUGUUUGCCUCCAUACCCAACUUUCAGGACUUUUACUCCGAGGACAUUGACAAUGGCAAGGCGUGCAUACGGAUUCUAAAUGAGAUUAUCUGUGACUUUGAUGAAUUGCUGGAGGAUACACGCUUUGCUUCUGUGGAGAAAAUCAAAACGGUUGGCGCAACUUACAUGGCAGCCGCUGGACUCAAUCAUGAGCAUCUGCGUGCACGGGGCGAAACCUCGGAGGACAGCGUCUGUGAUUUAGUGGAAUUUGCGUUUGCCAUGAAGAAGAAGCUGGAGGAGAUUAAUGCCGAUGCGUUUAACAAUUUCCAGCUACGUGUUGGCAUCUGCAGUGGUCCCUUGGUCAGUGGCGUGAUUGGAGCACGCAAGCCCGUCUAUGAUAUAUGGGGGAAUACCGUGAAUGUUGCCUCACGCAUGGACUCCACGGGCGAGAACUGGCGGGUUCAAGUGCCGGAAAAUACGGCGGAGUUGCUCUGCUCACGUGGCUACACAUGUGUGAAACGAGGCGAAAUCCCUGUCAAGGGCAAGGGCAUGAUGACCACGUUCUAUGUGCAUCCCAAGGGCAUUUCGGACAGCCAAUUGAUCUCACCAGUGCGUAUGCCGGCGGGCAUACCUCUUGCCCCAACACCGAAUCUACAGCGACAGACCUCGCAUCAUGGUUCCUUCAGUGCCGUCGUCUUUGAGAUGUUGCAGGCCACCAAACGCAGCACAGCGAUUCCAAGCACACCCACCGGCACGCCCUCUCCACAAAUUCGUCGUGGACAUCGUGGUAGUGCCUUCAGCUCGGUACGUGUCUCCCAGAAGUCGACGACGGUGAAUCCUGUGCGUCGGAAUACGACUCGAGUGCGUGCUCGUUCCUAUCGCCAAAAGAAGAGUUCCUCCAACAAUUCGAUUGUCACACAGGCCAGCUCGACAUAUAUGCCAUCGUUUCGACGCAUCGAUCAGAUUGAGACGACCAUAUCCAAAAGUCACAACGACGCUUUAUAGCCUACGACGCGCAACAAUUGGGUCUAAGUCUAUCUCUGUGUCUGUAUUAGUAAAUGCAUUUGUGUGUAUUAGUGUGCUUUAGCUCGAGAAGCUUUUUCACGUUGCGGCUGUGGUGAGCUUUCAAAGCAUCCGCGUUCGUGUGUCGUGUAGGUGAGAAGUUAAGCUGAAAUUAUUUUUUGAACGAUUUUAUGAUUCAAUUAUUUAAUGAUUCAAAGGUGGCACAGUUGAUUAAGUUUAGGGAAGAAAUUACUAAAGCAUAAUCUGUAGAGUAGUUUGUAGAAAUUGACACUGAAAUUACUUAAUAAGCUUUUAAGCCAAUUAUUAAAUGUAAAAUAUUUUUUAAUGUAUUCUAUUGUAACAUCUCAGCACAAUUCUAGUCGUUUAUAUUUACAGAAAUAAGUUAAUGAUGAAAUAUUAUAAUUAUUAUAUGAA